UUCCCAGGCCAUCGAUAUGGACAUGGACACGCCACAGGGAUACGACGGAGCUACCACCAAGAGCAUGAGACAGCACUUCACAAUGAUUCUAGGUCGCGUCACUUACGCUCGUGCCGUGCCCAGGAUGCAGCCAAGAUGAAGCACGCGAACGAGACCAUACAGGUCUUGGGCUUGGGCGCUGAGAGCGGGGCAUUCAAGACCUGUCACCGCAAUCGCUAGGCUACCUUCUAUUCAAUGCAUCUGAUAGCACCAGCCGUCCCAAGAGUGCCAAAUGGGAGCUGAAGCCAGGCUCCAGUACUGUCCACUGCCACUGUUCCCGCGGGCUCGGCAGAAAUGAGCCAACAGGGCAUCAAGAAGGAGGGUCGCUGGCGUUGGAGAACGUCGCCUGUUCCUCCUUCCGCAAACAUCUUGGAAACACCUUACACGAAGCCACGCCAACCAAAUACCUGCUAUAGACAAAGCACCUAUGCCUAGAAUAUAAUACCGAUAGACCAACAAUCACCGCUUAUUCAAGCAAAACGCCACCAUGCGCCAGGCAGAAUCAGAUCUGGAGAAAGCAAGGGACCGCAGAGACUUCGAGCCGAGACCGCCUGACAGUGCCAGCUUCAAGGAUCGUAUUGCCCAUUUCACAUGGCCAUGGUUCGCGUCUACCAUGUCCACAGGCGCUGUAGCUGUGGUUCUGGCCAACACGCCGAAUCGAUUCUCUGGCCUUGAAACCAUUGGAAAGAUAUUCUUCAUCUUCGACCUGACCAUCUUUGUGACCUUCACAAUCGCGAUGCUUUUGAGGGCGUACUGGUUCCCACGCCGCUUCAUUGCCUCACUGUCACAUCCAGUCGAAGGAUUGUUCUUUGGAUCUUACUGGGUGUCGGUGUCUCUGAUAUUGAACGCCACUCAAGCAUACGGCGUGCCGAGCUCUGGACCAUGGCUUGUCAAAGCGCUGCUGGUACUCUUUUGGAUGUAUUGCGGAGUUGUCUUGGUCGUAGCCAUAGCCCAAUACUUUGUGCUAUUCCAAGAAGAACGCCUGAAGAUAACCGACGCUGUACCCGCGUGGAUCUUUCCCAUAUAUCCUCUGCUUGUCGUUGGAACGAUGGCGGGCACCAUGAUUCCCUCGCAACCCGAGGAAGCUGCGUUUGAUAUGUGGGUGGGAGCAGUCAUGUUGCAAGGGCUUAGCUGGACUGUGGCGCUAAUGAUGUACUCGAUGUAUACCCAGCGACUGAUGACGAGCGCCUUGCCCGCACCGCCUACACGACCAGGAAUGUAUGUUUCUGUAGGACCUGCAGGCUAUACCGCAGCUGGGCUCAUUUCCCUUGGCAAUCAGGCGCCAAAAGUCCUCCCCCCAGAUAUGUUCAACAUCAAUAAUCUGCCAGACGGCGAUAUUGUGAGGCUCAUAGGAAUAAUGGCCGGGGUGUUCAUUAUCAUCUUUGCCUUUUGGUUUUUCUGCAUCAGCACGGUUGCCGUCAUUGCUGGCGCCAGGAGGAUGAAAUUCACGCUGAAUUGGUGGGCAUUUAUCUUUCCAAAUGCCGGUCUCACUCUUGCUGGCAUACAACUUGGCAAAGUCUUCUCAAGCCCUGCAAUCAAUGGUAUCUGCAGCGCCCUGACGAUCGUAUUGGUGAUCAUGUGGCUAUUCACAGCGAUAGCUCACGCACGAGCAUGGAUGCAGGGCAAGAUCAUGUGGCCCGGCAAAGAUGAGGACAAGGAUAUGUAUCAUUCAGGAUGGGGGAAGUAUGCAGCCUGAAGUCCAUAUUGCACACGACCGCAUUCAGCGUGAGUUACUUCAUGCUGUGGCCUUGCUUGGCCGAAUUGUCUUUGGCAUUGUGUUUGCGCGCAGCUUGCGGAGCAUCACUGGAGAGGAAAGUCAUUGAAUCACUGCUGACUAAGACAUGAAGUUGUCGAAGUCAUUGAUCCGGCUCACACACGAACAGUCGGACGAGUGGAACCUUUGGCAAAAGAUUAUCCCAGAUCCGCAAGCACGACUUUUCGUCCACG